AUGGAAGGAAGAAAGUCAAGCAGUGGCAUUCCUCAAAUCCAGCCCCCAACCUAUGGAAACCUGAUCACCAUUCUGAGUAUUGAUGGGGGAGGUGUUCGAGGCAUCAUCCCUGCAACAAUCCUUGCUUUCCUCGAAUCCCAGCUGCAGGAGCUGGACGGUGAGGAUGCGAGGCUUGCAGACUACUUCGACGUGGUUGCAGGGACGAGCACCGGCGGUCUCAUCACCGCCAUGUUAUCUGCUCCUGCAGGUGACACGGAUCGUCCUCUCUUCUCUGCCAAAGAUAUCAUGCCCUUCUAUCUCAACCACUGCCCCAAAAUUUUCCCACAAAAACGGGGAAUAUUGCGGGGAUCAAUAAGGAAAGUAAUAAAAUCAAUAGCAGGACCCAAGUAUGACGGGAAAUACCUGCGUAGGCUGGUGAGGGAGAAGCUAGGAGAGACUCGAUUGCAUGAAACGUUGACCCAUGUUGUCAUUCCAUCCUUCGAUAUUAAGUAUCUCCAGCCUACCAUUUUCUCCACUUACGAGGCGAAGAAGACACCAAGUUUGGAUGCUCGACUGGCUGACAUAUGCAUCGGCACCUCCGCUGCUCCAACUUACCUUCCUGCCUUUCACUUCAAGAACUGCGACACCGAUGGAAAUGCCCGCACAUUCAAUCUUAUCGAUGGUGGUGUUGCUGCAAAUAAUCCGGCUUUAGUGGCAAUGAGCCAAGUAACGAAGCAAGUGUUCGAUGAAAAUCCAUAUUUCUUCCCAAUUAAGCCAAUGGACUAUGGUAGGUUUCUGGUGAUAUCCAUAGGGACGGGGUGCCCCAAGAUCCAGCAGAAGUAUGAUGCGAAGAUGGCAGCCAAGUGGGGGACGCUGGGGUGGCUGCUUCACGGCGGCUCCACGCCUUUAGUGGAUGUCUUCACCCAGGCCAGCGCCGACAUGGUUGAUUUCCACAUAUCCGUCCUCUUCCAAGCCCUUCAUUCCGAAAACAACUACCUCCGAAUUCAAGAGGACACACUCACUGGGAGAGACGCAUCAGUAGAUGUUGCCACAACGGAGAGCUUGAAGAAGCUUGUGAAGAUUGGGGAGAGGCUAUUAAAGAAGCCAAUGUCAAGGGUUAAUUUGGAGACCGGCCUAUCCGAGCCAGUUGAAAAUGGUGGCACCAAUGAGGAGGCUCUCAAAAGAUUUGCAAAACUGCUUUCCGAAGAAAGGAGAUUUCGGAUGACAAAGUCACAACAACAUAACAAAGGCGCUAAAUAA